UUUUUUUUUUUAUCAUUGGAGUGUUGCACUUGAGGGGCGGUUCCCCUGAGGGGCGUAUCACCUGAGGGGCGGUUCCUUUGAAGGGCGGUCCCCUGAGGGGCGUAUCACCGGAGGGGCAGGGUUUGGACGGCCCCCUUAACUGUUAUAUAAACCCAUCAGACAAAGUCAGUUUAAACAGAGCGCUUCAAACUGUCCCACUUGACAACCACGUCACUUUGACUUUCUUUGCGAGAGAUUUUUGAAGGACUUCUUUCAGGAUGGCUGAGUCUGCUGAGCAGAGUGGUCCCCAGCAUCGCAACAUUCUGCACUGCCUAAUUUGCAAGAAGCCACAGAAGAUGCUUUCUUUGCAUCUCACUAGGACAUGCAUGAAGAAGAGCACACCAGAAGAGAAAGAAGCAGAGAGACAGAGGGCCAAGAAGUCAUUCAGAGAGUGGGUUCAAAAUGCCAGGACCUGGGAUUUCCUGGACAUCUUUUCAAAGCAUCCCACAACAUACACGGUCCUAGUCAAAGACCUGCUUGAGAGGGGUUUCUUUGUAAAAGACCUGCCCCUGGUUUUCCCUCCUCCUACUCCUUUGCAGGACCCUCUGUCUGAUCCUUCAAAGGCCCCUCUGGCUGCUCCGUCGGUGUCCCCAGACAGCUCUGCUGAAGAAAGCUCCAGCAGUGAUGAAAGUGUCGUAGCACAAGAUGACCCCACUUGCCAAAGACCACAGAAGGGCUUUUCCAGCACAGUAAAGGUGAAGAUGCAGAAGCAUGGUCUCCACCAGAAGUUUCCUCAAGAGUGUAGGUUAAUUUCUGGAUUUAAGGACCACUUAAUUAACGUGCUCUGUGUCACCAACUGCCAACAGGAGGUGGACAAUGUUUCCAGGUGGCUGAGAUACAUUCAGCCAGAAGCAGUUGAGCCAACGCUGGACUUUCUCCAUGAGAAGGUCAAGGCCACAGACUUCCUCAAGGCACUGAAAGAGUCUCUGUGCUGUCUUUCAACCCGCUUGAACUACAUAAAGAACAUGAUACGCUUUGUGAAAUAUGUCCAGGUUACCUUGGAAUACUCAAAGGAAGACCCUCAGCUGAACCAACGCUGCAGAGAUUACAUCGAUUGCUUAAAAGUGGCCAGAAAGCCCAUUGCCAGGGAGUACAACAUGGAGGAAGUGAGUAAAAAGUAUACUCGGCUGAAGAAGGGCACUCGAAGUGUAAAAGACUGUCAGAAGGUGCUUAGUGUGGCGACACCUCGCUUUCUUGAGAUCUUCAGACGUCUUUCGGUGGGCAAGGACAUUGGAAAGCAGGAGAAGACCUUCUUCAAAUACUACCUGGAGGCAAACAUCAUGCUGGGUCAUUUCCAGCGUCCAGUAGUGGUGGAGGGGCUGAAAGUCAGUGAUUGGCUGAACCGCCAGGAUGCGCCCAACGGGAAAAAGGUGGUUGCUGUCAAAGACCACAACACAGCUGCCAAUCACAUUGCCACAUUUGCCAUUUCGUUGGAGGAAGAGGCUUGGAUGGACGUGUACUUCAAAGAGAUCCGUCCUGUUUGGCAAAGCUGUGAUGUUGAUGAUGAAGACAGGUUCUUCUUGUCUGCCACAGGAAGACCCAUCAAGAGCAGCUCAAGCGACGUACAGCGCCUUCAUGAAAUGUUCAACGUGGCCAAUGUUACGAGCACUGAGGUCCGGAAAGCUUCAGAGAUCCGCUUUUCCACUGAGCGAAAGCACCACUCGGCAAACUACCCGACACACGCCACGGAGGCUGCCGAGAGCGACUAUCAUGGCCGGGACCAUGCAUUAGUGGCCAACACAAUCAGCCCGGUCCACUCUCACAUCAGUUCAUCCAGCUCCGAAGAGGAGGUCACUGAAGGCCGCAGUUCGAGCAGGACGGCUGUUCCCAAGCUAAUCAGAGUGCAUGCUGAUUUUUCAGCUUUUGUCACUGUGUUCCCUGUCUCUAACGAUGGCCUGCCUCCUACGAAGAAGAUGAGGAAAGAGGCUGGCUUCGGUGAGGACCGCUUCUGUUACGACAAAUGGAGAGCCAGCCAAUACACGGAGAGACAGAAGUACAUUUUGUCUCUUUUCUGUCACAGCAAGCCAACCCUAGAGAUGGUGAGAGAGAAGAUUGAGAGGCAGGGAUGGGAAUCCAAUUGCCCAAAGCCAGAGGAGAUCAUCAGCCUCUGGAAGCCAGCCUCAAAAACUGAAGUGCAAGAAGACCGCAAAAUCGCCAGGACUGUGAAACAUCAGAGAUGGAGGGGGCUUCAUAUUAAAGAUUUUGGAAGUGAGAGGGGAUUAGGAGUGGUUGCGACCCGUCGAUUCAGCAUGGGCGACAUAGUGUGUGACUACCACGGAAAGGUAGUCACAAAGGAGGAGGGCCAGAAACUGAUCCACAGCUAUGUUUUCUUUUUUAAAUCUCGGGAGAAAGAGCUGGCUAUUGACACUCAGACAUUCCCAUGCGAGUGUCAUCCAGACAUUGAGACCUUCGGUCGGCGAAUAAACCGCUCCAGAAAGCAAUACAACCUGAAGCCAUUACAUCGUGAGAUUCUGGUUGAUGGCAUCAUGACAGACACCAUUUUAUUGCAGGCCACAAAGGACAUCGAGGUGGACGAAGAACUCAUUUUGUUCUGGUGUUCUUUCUGUUAAGUAUGAAAACUAAUAGGUUUUACUUAGCCAUAUUCAUGUUAGGUAGAAUGCCCAGUGAGGGCUGGGUGGACUUUGGAACCUUGGACCUUGGAACUCCCAUCGAUUAUUUAUUUCUUUUCUGCAGCCUAACUGAAGCGUGUGACUUUUUUCUGUCCUCCCGGCCAUCUGACCUCACAUUGAUUUGCUGUUGUUCUGUUCUCGAAUGUUGUUCCCUAAUCUUAACUGAUUUUUUUCUUUUCUUGUAAGUUUCUUUUCUCACAUUGUA